GCAAAUCAGGCUCGAGCGCCUGGGUCUGUGCUCUAAACCCCACGCGGGGUGAACCAGUUCAAGCCACAGCAGUGGAGCAACCCUGGGAACAUAUCCUGGCACGCGCAGCAGUCAGCGGGCCCUAGGAGGACCUAGCGCCCUCUCACAAGGCCCAUAAGAAGCAGGCUCUGCGGAGCGGGUACGCGCAGCCAUGGUCUUCGCCAGUCGCGAGGAGGAGAUCGACUACCUCCGCGAUGAGUUAGAAAAAGCUGGCUACGACGAGACCUCCAAAAAGCAGUGGGACGAGGCGACCCUCGGCAGAGUCCGGAAGCUCCGGCAGCUCGAGGAAGAAGCGCCGCGCCGCCGCCGCGCCGACGUCUACGACGAGUCCGGCUCCGACGAGGAGGAGUCCGACGAGGAAGCCGAAGAGGUCGACGAGCAGGGCAUCUGCUGGUCGGGCGCGCGCGGCCCGGACAUGGAAGAGGAAGAGGCCGAGGCGCCGGCGCGGCGGCGCUGCGCCCACGUCAAGGAGGACGGCCGCCAGUGCCCAAACUUUGUCCUCGGUAGUAAUGAGAAGUGCGAGUCGGUGCAUAAAUCAAAUUGUCGCGUCGCAUCUCCGCCACUGAGCACCCCACUCACUGAUUGCCUUGCCCACAGGUGCGACUUCGACCCGACGCGGUUCUGCGGCCCGGCCUGCGCGGCGGCGGCCGCCGCGCGCGCCGAGGCCCUCGCGGCCAAGAUGGAGGCCGAGGCUUUGGAGCGCAAGCGCGCGCGGAGCGAGUCCGACGUCGGGGCCCGGAAGCCCGCCACCCGGCGGGCGGCGCCGGGCCUGAGCGACAUGAUGGCGGCCUGCGCGCGCGCGCCCGAGCCCGAGCCCGAGCCCGAGGCGCCGCCGUCGCCCGUCGCGAGGAAGAAGAAGAAAAAGAAGAAGCCCAAGAAGGCCAAGGAGGCCGUCCCCGACGAGAUCAUGACCAUCGUCGUCCGCGACCGCCGCAAAGAUUCGAGUGAAGAGGACACGACGGUCAAGCUCCGGACGUCGACGAAGCUCGCGCGGGUCUUCGGCGCCUACGCCGACGGGUUAGGUGCGUCUGUUGAUACUCUAAGGUUCCUGUACAAGGGCGGCGACGUCUAUGGAGACGAGACGGCCGGCGCCAUCGGCCUCGCGGAGGGCGCUUGUUUGGAAUGUGUCGACGGCGAUCCUCCUGCGAAGCAGAAGAAGCGCGUCACCGGCACGGUGGUCCGCUGGGACGGGUCCCGAGGCGGCAUCGAGCCGGCGGAGCAAGGGUCCGGCGGCCGCAUCGCCGUGCGCGUAUCCGGUGUUCGGCGCGGCACAUCUCUCCGAGUCGGAGAUAAAGUCGAGUACGCGAUCGGGCGCAAGGGCGACGCGCGCUUCGCGGUCGACGUCAUGGUCUACGCGCCGGCCGCCGAGGCCGACGAGGACAGCAAAGACGGAGCCGUCGUCACGCUCGCGAACCUGAACUACGACACGAAGCGCUACGACUUGAAGGAACACAUCGGUUCUAUCGUCGGCAAGUCCUUCGGCCGCGUCGAGCUCACGGCGAAGGGCCGCGCGGCCGUCGGCUUCCGGACGCUGGCGCAGGCCGAGGCCGCGGCGGCAGCGCUCGACGGCACGGAGCUCGCCGGGCGGUCGCUGUCGGCGCGCGUGCGCAAGGAAAGUCAAGGGCGGCGCCGCGCGCCGUCGCUCGACGUCGCCGAGGCGGCGGCGCCGGCCUCGCCGCGAGCGUCGCCCCGGGCGUCGCCAAGAGCUCCGGCCGCCUCCGCGGGCCGCGGGCGCGGGGCGGGCCGCGGCCGCGGCCGGGGCCGCGGCCGCGACGCCCCGAUCGCGCCGCCGCUGCGCCGCGCCCAAGUCAUCCCCGAGCACCUCCUCUCCGGCCCGCCGCCCCGGCGCCGCGUGGUGCCGCCGCCGCCAAGCUCGGAACCGCGCCGCCGCGGCAACGCCCCCGCGCGGGCGCCGCCGGCGCGGGCCGCGCCGACGGGCUCGAUCUCGACGGGCCUGUUGGGCGCGCCGCGCCUGCCGCGGCCGCCCGCCGCCGUGCUUCCGCACCGCGCGCCUCCCUCGGCUGACGCCGAAGAGAUGGCGCUGAACCGGGCCAUCGCGGCUUCCUGCCGCGAGAACUACGCUUCUUACGCGGGCGACAGCGACGCGAGCCUCCAGGCGGUCCUCGAGGCCUCGCGCCGAAGCGCGCCGCGCCAGAUUCGCCACGUAUCCCACGACGACGACGCGCAGCUGGCGGCCGCUUUACAAGCUUCGUUGCGCGAGACGACCCCGGCGCGCCCGGCGAUGACCGAGGACGAGCAGCUCGCCGCUGCCUUACAGGAGUCGCUCCAAGUCGUCACGCCGCCGUCGUCCUACGCUCCCUCAUCAUCGCUGGGCGGCGGCGCGACGCUCGAAAGCACCCUGGCCGCCUUCGACCUCCAGCGCCUCGUGCCCGUGCUUGCUCAAGAAGAUAUCCGCGACGUCGAGACCCUCGCGCUGCUCGAGGCCGAGGACCUGCGCGCCAUGGGCAUCCCGGUGGGCACGCGCUCCAAGCUCGCGCGCGUCAUCCAGACGCUUCAAGUCUAGCGGCGGGGCCGAUCCCUCGCCGCCGACCCCGCUCGUGUGCCGGUAGCGGUGUAGUAUCCCUUGUAACCCUAUAACACUUACGA